CAGGCAGGGGUGGUGUUUUCCGAGGGGGUCGUGAAGGCGGCAUCAGUCUCCUGAAACCUGGGUGUGUGCGGGCAGUCCAGUUCAGAGACUGAGAGAGAAAACACCAGCAACAUCCCAACGUCAGCCCAGCGGUGCCUGUCAUCUGUCACGGUGCUUGUUACUCCUUCUCCAGCGAGCGGACUGAGAAUGGGAAACUACCCGAGCUAGUUUCUGAAGAGGACGUAAAUUCAAGGGGAACUGUGCUAAAACUGCCAGGUUGAGUCAUUAGUUGCACCAUUUACCUGCAAAAAAAAAGGACCAGGGGCACAGUGGAAAUGCAGACUUUCCUGAAAGGCCGGAGAGUCGGCUACUGGCUCAGCGAGAAGAAGAUGAAGAAACUGAAUUUCCAGGCCUUUGCUGAUCUGUGCAGGAAAAGAGGAAUAGAAGUUGUUCAGCUGGACCUCAGCCAGCCUCUAGAGGACCAGGGACCCCUGGAUGUCAUCAUCCACAAACUGACUGACCUUAUCCUUGAGGCUGACCAGAAUGAUUCACAGGCUGUACUGUUGGUACAAAGAGUACAGGACUACAUUGAUGCCCAUCCUGAGACUAUCAUCCUGGAUCCACUUCCAGCUAUCCGAACUCUGCUGGAUCGCUGCAAAUCCUACCAGCUCAUCCACAGAUUAGAAAGCUGUAUGCGAGAUGAGAGGAUUUGCUCUCCUCCAUUCAUGGUCCUCAACACUGACUGCAGCCCAGACGUGCUGGAGCAGAUCAAGAGACAAGGACUCUCAUUCCCCUUCAUUUGCAAAACACGGGUGGCUCAUGGCACCAACUCCCAUGAGAUGGCCAUUAUCUUCAGUGAAGAGGACCUGAAGGAUGUGAAGCCUCCUUGUGUGAUUCAGAGUUUCAUCAACCACAACGCAGUGCUUUACAAAGUGUUCGUGGUGGGAGACUCCUACACUGUAGUGGAGAGACCUUCCCUUAAGAAUUUCCCUGCUGGACCUGCAGACAGGAGAGCCAUUUUCUUCAACAGCCACAAUGUUUCCAAACCAGAGUCGUCCUCAGACUUGACCUCGAGAGAGAACGUGGAGGGAGUGUCUCAGCCACCCAGUGAUGAUGUCAUCAGAGAGUUGUCCAGGUCAUUGCGAGAAGCACUGGGCGUGUCCCUGUUUGGCAUCGAUGUAAUCAUCAACAAUCAAACAGGCCAGCACGCCGUCAUUGACAUCAAUGCAUUCCCAGGUUAUGAGGGCGUCCCCGAGUUUUUCAACGACCUCCUGAACCACAUCAGCAGCGUGCUUCAGAGCCACAACCCUGACUUUCCUCCUGCCGGCGAGCAGCCCAAAGGCCUCCCGGUGAGCACCACGGUACCCAACGCUGCCCCGCCAGCCCCGGGCUGCUGCAGCAUGCUGGGAAAAGAGCUGCAGAGACUGGGCUGCAACUCGGCCAUGUCACCCAACUUCCAGCAGCACUGUGUCUCCACGAUAGCUACCAAGGCUUCCUCCCAGUGACUGACUCUCUUUUGUUCUUUUUUUUUUCUUUCUCUCCCAUCCCCUUACCUCCCCAUUUGAUCCCUGAACAAAUAACGGAUGACAGUGGUGAUAAUAAUAAUGAUUAAUAAUCAUAGUAAAUAUGAUGUUAAUGAUGAUAAUAUAUCUAAUCGAGACACAAACCUUUUUCCUAUAUAGUUAUUGGAAAUGAUGGUGAUUGGAUGUAAGCUUUUUUCCUCUCUGCCUUUUUUUCCCUCGUUUUGUCUAAUGAGACUUUAACAGUACUGUAAUGUGAACUUUGGGAACUUUUGUCUAAUAGCUGAUUUUAUUUUUCUCUCUCUUGCGUGAGGUCUCUGUGAUGAAAGGGUCCAGAAGAGGUAACUAAUUAGAAUGGCCGAAUCAGGACUGGAGAAUGAUGUGCCACUAGAUGUGCAAUGUAUGAUCCCUUGUAUCUCUCUCACACUCACUCACACACAGGCACAUUUACACUGUGGCCAACUGUACCAGUGAUGUGUGUUUGUAUUCUGGUCAAUACCACUGAGUGCUACGUGCAAGGGCGUAGAGAGAGGAGGCGUUUUGGGCAUUUGAACACUACUCCACAGAUCCCAGGUUGCUAUGUGACUGUGGCCAAUCGACUGCAGAGAGUGAUGAGAUUGUUUUAUUGGUUUAAACAAACAGGGGAGCAGUUGUUUUUUUUUUUUCCGAGUGCCAUCAAAUUUAAUUUGAGUGUAGGAGAAGAGAAAAAGAGCAUUAUUUUUCGAAUCUUAAGAGGAUAAAAUCUCCAUGACCAUGUGACCAAGUUUCUUUUCGUAAUGAUUGUUAGUGUGUGUGUGUGGGAGGGGGUGUUUUUCUGUGUGUUAGAUAAACAAACUACAUCCUUUUUGAGUCCCAGUUUGAGUCGCUCCAGUGCAGGAAGAUGAGGAUCACAUUCCCAUGUUUUUGUGUCUGUGGAUGUUUUCCGAGAAAUUCCAUGAUUUUUCAGAAUUCCAGUGGGAGCUUUCGUGGGGGUUCUAGUCUCCUUAAACAGAUACUCCACGUGUCUUCACCGCUUGUAUCUGUCACGCGAGCAAACUGAGGCAACCUUGACCGACGGACAGACUUGGGGCUGCUGUGUAGCUUGUCACUUUGGAUUAAUAAGAAAAUCAGGUGUGUGUGUGUGUGUGUGUGUGUGUACGUGUGUGUGUGUACGUGUGUGUACGUGUGUGUGUGUGUGUGUACGUGUGUGUUUGAAUACCCAUCUAAACUGAGUAUUCGUCUGAACAGUCUGAGAUAAUUGAGUUAUUUGUUCAGCUUUAUUGUCUCUCAGCGCUUCUUCCAGUUAACUAAACCAACAGUCCAAUCCACUCAUGUGCUUCAAGCCUUAUUCUCUGACCUGUCUGCUGUUCCAGCUGCUGUAUUUGUGUCACAUUUUAAGUGAAGGGAGGAGGUGGAGGUCCAGCUGUCGUUCCCAGUGUUCACUGUGAGAUUUUGUUUUGUUUUUUUUAACGAUUUUGUUAAAAUCUUAUAAUGUCCUUACAUCUACUAAGAGCAACUUUAUUUUAUUGAGAUUUUAUGGGGGAAAUGUUUUAUAUAAAUGAAAGAAGUGAUGUUUUUGAAGAAGUGGGUAUUUACAUAGAGGGACAGUAAAAUUCUGGGUCUUGCUGUUCAGGUGGCGUGAAAGGGACAGAUCAGCUGAGUGGUUGUUGCAUCCCUCUAGCAUCUAGUGGGAAAUGAGUGCCAACCUGCAGCAAAUACAGAUUACUGCAUUCCUUCUCUUGUCCCAGAGAGCUCCCCUUGCUGUCUUCUUUCCUCCAUCAGCAUCCAAGGGAACAGACCGUCCUCUUGCUUGCCCUGUGAGCGUGAAUAUUUGUGUCAUUGCGGCCACCUCACCAGCAUCUCUCUGGGACAAAAGAAGAGCGACGGCACUGUUGAAGUUGGCCUUCGCUACAUGUGUAAACAACCCUUCUGAGUAUCCUGGUUUUGAUUUGCCUUCAAAGUGUAGUGAAGCAACAAUAAAUUCAAAAGUACCACACCAGGUUCAAAUGAGUCUAGGUGUUUCCUCACCUAGGAAGCUGUGGUUGAGUCCCUGUUUAAAUUGGAGAAGGCUGAUUAUCUGUGUACGCCACUAUACUGUGUCCUAUCUCGUGUUCUUUACUGUGCUUCUAAAUGGGAAAUAUAAAUGGUUAAUCCCACUCUUGGUCAUUUCUGCAACCCAGAUGGUGUCAUCAUGCUCCCGGCUUCCACCUGAAUGUGUACUUCUUGGGUGUCUUGUACAGUACGUGUAUAUGCGCCUAUGCUUACAUCCGUACAGUAUGUCGUUUUGUAUCGGUUCUGUAAUUGAGAAGAAUCCUCAAUUUUGUGACUUUUUUAAUUAAAUGGCCAAUUCAACAGGGCAAAAUAAACAUGUGAAACUAA